UAACGCCCGCUAAAAAUAUCAAACAUGGAGAAGUCGUAUUCCUUUCUACUAUGCAUCAUUAUUAUCUCUCAUUUGGCUCCUCCGCCCACGGUGGUGGCUCAGCCGCUGUCCACCAAUUCCCGGUGGAUCGUGAACGAGUCGGGGCGGCGGGUGAAGCUGGCGUGCGUGAACUGGGUCACCCAUCUGGAAGUGGCGGUGGCUGAAGGGCUGAGCAAGCAGCCGGUGGAUGUGAUCUCAAAGAAAAUAGUGGAUAUGGGUUUCAACUGUGUCAGGCUUACUUGGCCUCUCUUCUUGUUCACCAAUGACUCCUUGGCCUCCCUCACCGUCAGACAGUCCUUCAAGAACCUCGGACUACUCGAAUCCAUUGCUGGCCUUCAAGCUAACAACCCCUCCAUUGUUGAUCUCCCCCUCAUCUCUGCUUACCAGGUUGUGGUUGGUAGUCUGGCAAAGUACAAAGUGAUGAUAAUACUGGAUAAUCAUAUUAGCAAACCUGGGUGGUGCUGCAGCAGCUAUGACGGCAAUGGCUUCUUUGGCGACAUCUACUUUGACCCGAAGCUAUGGGUCAUUGGCCUGACCAAGGUCGCCACCAUGUUCAACGGCACUAGCAAUGUGGUUGGGAUGAGCUUGAGGAAUGAACUUCGAGGGCCUAAACAAAACGUUAAUGAUUGGUACAGGUACAUGCAGCAAGGAGCUGAGGCAGUGCAUGCAGCAAACCCCGAUCUUCUAGUUAUCCUCUCUGGGCUAAGCUUCGAUAAGGAUCUCUCUUUCCUGCAGAAAACACCAGUGAACUUGACGUUCUCUGGGAAGUUAGUUUUUGAGGUGCACAGGUAUGGAUUCACUGAUGGUGAGGACUGGGCAUCGGGUAACCCAAACAAAGUGUGUGGGAGAAUAACUAAUGACAUAAUGAGCAGAGGAGGUUUCGUGUUGGAUAAAGGGUACCCGUUGUUUGUCAGUGAGUUUGGGAUUGAUCUAAGGGGUACCAAUGUGAAUGACAAUAGGUACUUCAACUGCUUCUUGGGUUUGGCAGCAGAGCUCGACUUUGACUGGGCACUGUGGACGCUGGCUGGAAGUUACUAUCUGAGAGAAGGUUCAGUUGGACUAGAAGAGUUUUAUGGGGUUCUGACCUGGAAUUGGUGUGAACCGAGGAACUUGAGCUUCCUCCAAAGGAUCUCUAUCAUGCAGUCACCCUUUCGAGGACCAGGUUAUACAGAGUCUCGACCACAUAAACUAAUUUUCCAUCCAAUGACUGGGCUCUGUGUUCGAAGAGUUUCACUCUUCCAGCCAUUGGAGUUAGGUCCAUGCUCAGAGUCAGAUCCAUGGGGCUACACUACAGGUAAAACAUUAACAGUGGAAGGAACUUACUUUUGCCUUCAGGCAGAAAAGCUCGGGAAGCCAGCAAAGCUUGGUCUGUUUUGCACAGAUGAUAGCUCAAAAUGGGAAAUCAUCUCAGAUUCUAGGAUGCAUCUGUCAUCGAAGCUUAAGGAUGGCAGUAAUGUCUGCCUUGAUGUAGAUUCCAACAAUGUUAUUAUCACCAACACCUGCAAAUGUUUGAAUAAUGACAGUUCAUGUGACCCUGCAAGUCAGUGGUUCAAAAUUACCGACAGCACUAGAGGAACAGCUACCAAAAGUGAUUUUCAGAGCACCUCAUUCUUGUAUUUUCUGGCAAAAAAAUUGUUUGCAAGCUACAUAUGAUAAUUCUGAUGAAAAAGUUCAUAUAGAGUUUAGCCAUACAAGUUCAAAACAUGACAUGUUCUUUUAGAAAAUUGUCUAUGUAAAAGUUUAUUGAAAUAAACUAAAAUGUCUUCAUUAGUGCAGCA